CGCGUCUAUUAAUACGGCGCCACAUUCUUCCAUCGGGUCCGGUCCUCGCACGGUCUGGCUGUGGUUCCAGAACAACCAUGAGACCGUCGCACUGACUGGAUCCGGCUGCUGGCUUCAGUGCGAUUCACGUGAUUUUCCGUCUCGCUGAAGGUGCGAAGGGUUAAAGAUCAGACUGGCAGCAGAGUGACAUUCAGCAGGACUCGGGCGUCGGUGUCCUCGGCUGGUUCCGAUAUCCGCCGCUCGCUGUGGAUUGUGGGAGAGACGAGGACUCUGCCCAGACUUGUUACCGGGAGGCUGGAGACGGUUCGCCGCCCUGACCCGCUCCACUGGUCUCCUCCGCAGAGUCUGAAUCAUGUCCAGCCGAGGAGGCAAGAAGAAGCUGACCAAGACGUCCCGCUCCACCAAGGCCGGGGUCAUCUUCCCGGUGGGGCGCAUGCUGCGCUACAUCAGGAGGGGGCUGCCCAAGUAUCGCAUCGGCGUGGGAGCGCCCGUCUACCUGGCCGCUGUGCUCGAGUACCUCACAGCGGAGAUCUUGGAGCUGGCGGGUAACGCGGCCAGAGACAACAAGAAGGGUCGUGUCACGCCUCGCCACAUCCUGUUGGCCAUCGCCAAUGAUGAAGAGCUGAACCAGCUGCUGAAAGGUGUGACCAUCGCGGCCGGCGGCGUCCUUCCCAACAUCCACCCCGAGCUGCUGGCAAAGAAGAGAGGAGCAAAGGGCAAACUGGAGAGCCCGCUGUCUCCUGCGCCCGAGAAGAAACCCAAAGCUGUCAAGAAGGCUCCAGCCAAGAAGCAAGCGGGGAGGAAGGCAGGCAGGAAGGCCAAGAAACCCGGCGAGAGCAAGGCGGCGUCGGCAGACAGCACCACGGACGGCUCUCCGUCCGACAGCUUCACCGUUCUCUCCACCAAAAGCCUCUUCCUGGGUCAGAAGCUCAACCUCAUCCACAGCGAGGUCAGUAACUUGGCUGGCUUUGACGUGGAGGGGGUGAUCAACCCCACCAACGCUGAGCUUGAACUUAAAGAUGAUCUAGGCUCGGCUCUGGAGAAGAAGGGCGGGAAGGAGUUUACCGAAGCAGUGCAGGAGGUGAAGAAGAAGAACGGUCCCCUGGAGGUGGCGGGCGCUGUGAUGAGCGCCGGCUUCGGGAUCCCAGCCAAGUACGUGAUCCACUGCAACAGUCCGUCCUGGGGCUCCGACAAGUGCGAGGAGAUGCUGGACAAGACGGUGAAGAACUGUCUGGCUCUGGCCGACGAGAAGAAGCUCAAGUCUGUGGCGUUCCCCUCCAUCGGGAGCGGGAGGAACGGGUUCCCCAAACAGACGGCGGCGCAGCUGAUCCUCAAAGCCAUCUCCAACUACUUCGUGGCCACCAUGUCUUCCUCCAUCAAGACGGUCUACUUCGUGCUGUUCGACAGCGAGAGCAUCGGCAUCUACGUGCAGGAAAUGGCCAAACUGGAGAGCAGCUAGAGACGAGUGGCGGCGGGAGCCCGCGUCCUGUUUUUAUUUCCGCUGACCGCGAGCGAGGCGGCUCCUUUUUAACGUCCCACACUUACUGAGGCAAGGCUUCCUGAGAAGUCCAUACGGGUUUAUGCAUGAAAAGAUUAUCGUCGUUCUCUUCGGAGACGAUCAUUUGCAUCAGUCCAGAUUAUAAUCUGAAGAUGAAUUCACUACGGCCCAUCGUCGGAUCAGGCUUUGUGUUGUGUCUUGUGUUUGUUUCUCCGACCCCCGCGAGAUCUUGAAUGUCUUCAAAGUAUUUAAAAAAGAAAAAGUUGUUUGACGGCCACUAAAAGCUUCUUGCUGAGCGUCCGUGCUUGGUUCUGCGUGUUUCUAUUACUGUUCGGCUGUUGAUCCACCAAAACGACGGAGCUCUGGUCUGGGAGACGGACGCUGUGCUUUGCAGUUCCACUGCUGUCCCGCUGGAGGGCGCCAAGUGACCGGGAAUGGGACUUGCAUUCGUCUCAGCCAUUUUCUGUCGAGCAAAAUCACCGUUCUGUUCUUCCUGGAUUUGAAUUGGACUCGAUGAACGAAUAUCGGAACUGACCAGUUGCAUUUGGACUUUUGAGAGCAACGUUUUCUUACGGUGAUUUAAAAGAAAAAAAAAAGAUUUAAAUGAUUUCUAAAUAAUUGCUGCAAUUGAUAUAAACCUGCAACACUCAAGUAAUAAAACAUU